AUGAAGGGCCAUCGGGUGCUGGUCGUGGGUCAGCUCCUGACUCUUGCCUGCAGCUUCCUGGGAUCCAUCCUCGAGGACAGCACAGUCGCCCGGGGUCCUGAGAGGCAGCCUCUUGUGACUCCAGGACCCAGAGCUCUGGGACAGAAGGAGAGCUUCCUGCUGCUUUCCUUGCACAACAAGCUGAGGAGUAAGGUCCAGCCCCCAGCAGCCAACAUGCGCAGGAUGGACUGGAGCGACCAACUUGCUGACCUCGCCCAGGAGCGAGCAGCUAGCUGCCUUCUUCUUCGUGGGAUAGGGAACGACAGGCCUCCCAUCGCUCGGAACAUGAUCUAUAUCGUGCUCGCUCCAGAUCACCGCAUAGGGACUGGGAUCGUUUUUAUGAGCAUUACCCUCCACCAUCACACCAUGUGUAUGAUUAUUGGAGGGGGUACCCACCCCAUCCGAGCCCAAGCUAACCUCUUCGACUCCGGCCUUAAGCCAUCAUCGAUCAAGGUAUACCUAGCAGCCAUAUCAAACACCCGCUCCGCUGUCGAGGGCUACACACUGUUUCGCCACCCGUUGUAUGUGGGCUGGAACACCCACUUGGUGCCUGAGGAGGAAGCUCCCUUUGCCGAUGUGAUCAAAAAAUGGUUUGGUGAGGGACGAAGCUAUGAUUACGGUACAGCCCAGUGCUUGGUCAACACAACUUGCAGCCACUACACCCAGCUGGUGUGGGCCACCUCCAGUAAGCUGGGCUGCGGGAAACACACCUGCCCCUGGGGCCGGGAGAGGAGAGAGUUCUUUGUCUGCGCCUACUCCCCAGGAGGGAACUGGGAGAUAAAUGGGAAGAUGAUUGUCCCAUAUAAGAAAGGGGCCUGGUGUUCGCUCUGCACCUCCGGGCAUUCAGGAUGUUUCAAAUCAUGGGACCAUGGUGGGGGUCUCUGUGAGGUGCCAAGAAACCCAUGCCGCAUGAGCUGCAGGAACGGUGGGAGCUUGGACAUAAACUCCUGCCACUGUGACUGUCUCCCAGGAUUCGCAGGCAGGUAUUGCCAAGUGAAAUGCAGCCUUCCAUGUCUCCAUGGGAAACGCAAAGAGGAGGAGUGCUCUUGCGUGUGCGGCGCUGGCUACGGGGGAGCGGAAUGCGGAACCAAGGUCCGGUUCCCCUACCAUGUCUGUGACCUCCAGAUAGACAAUGACUGCUUUGUGGUUUCCUCAGAGGCCAAGACGUACUACAGAGCCAAAAUGAAAUGCCAGGAGAAGGGUGCCAGGCUAGCCCACAUCAAGACCCAGAAAGUCCUAGAUAUCCUGGCUUUUUAUCUGAGUUGGAGGGAGACCAUCAACGAGGUGAUGGACGUGGAUUUCCAGACCUGGAAUUUCUGGAUUGGUCUGACCUACAAGACAUCUUUGGACUCCUUUCGGUGGGAUGAUAGCAAUCCUCCUUCCUUCUCCAGCUUUGCCUUUGGGCAGCCAAAUAACAAGGGGUUCAGCAACUGUGUGGAGCUGCAGGCAACAGCUUCCUUCAACUGGAAUGAUCAGCGUUGCAAGACCCACAACCGGUACAUCUGUCAGUUUGCUCAAGAUCGCAUUGCCCUGUGGCAACUGGAGGAGCCUUGACUUGAGAAAGCAACUGACCACCUGCCCUUUCAGAAGAGGGUGGUGCAGCCCACUUGCCUACUGCCAACUGCCUGCUGAGGCCUCUUGGAGUUCCCAGAAGAAUCCAGCUUUUG